CAAACAAUUGAAGGAAAACAAUCUAAUACAAUUGCCACAUUGCAUCACUUUUAGCAAAGUAGCAAACAAUCCCUUUCUUUCACACUUGCACAACUAUCUGUGAACUCGGUAUCAGUCAAAAGGGAUAUAUGUGGAAAUGUUGUCAUCUUGACUUGGAAAAUAAUAUUUUCAAUCCUCGUUAUUUUAACUAAAGAUAACAACUUUGGCUACUCUGUGAUUCUUGCCUUUCUAAAAGUAUACAAUUCUUCAUUAAAUAUGACUGUAAAUACUCCGUAUAGAGACUAACAGAUACAUUGUUAUUUGUUUUAAAAAACAGUGGGAUACGUAUAGGAAAAGAAAACAAUGUGGUAAAGGUGCCUCUUUUUAGUACGUUUUUUCUUUCAAGUUUUAUGUGUAAUGUUCGUGUAAAUCAUAUGUUAAACACAAUCUGUAAAACCUUUUGAAAGACUACAAAAACACACGGCAGUUCACAGGUUAAGGACUACACACUCUGUGUAUGCUGUGAUGUGAUUGGUUGAGAGGGCGGGACAUCCGACGGCGCAGGUUGGACAUAAAGUGACAGACUUCACCUCCUUAAAAUUGGAAGAAAACCUGAAGGACGACGCAUUACAAGUUAUAAAACAUUUGUAAUGAUUUUCAGACAUGGACGACAUAAACCUUCAUUAUCGCUUUCUGAACUGGAGGAGGCGAAUUGGAGAAAUUCGUGAUGUGCAAGCGGUGCCUCACCGGGAGCGUUACCGGGAGCGACUCCAAAGGGUGCUGAGAGACGGAGACAUACUCAGGUAUCAUGGGAAUUCAGAUGAAGUUGGCGGUUUUGUGGCGGCCAGGCCAUUGUACUUAGGAAAUCGCUAUUUUGAAGUGACCAUCGUCGACACAGGAGUGAGGGGAAUGAUCGCGGUGGGCUUGGUGACUAAGCUCUACAAUCUGGACCAUCAGCCGGGCUGGCUCCCCCACUCUGUGGCCUUUCAUGCUGAUGACGGCAAAUUGUACAAUGGCAACACUGUAGGACAGCAGUUUGGUCCAAAAUGCUGCAGAGGAGACAGAAUCGGCUGUGGCGUAUCUCUGGACUCUGAUGAUGGACAGCUCACUGUGUUUUUUACAAAGAAUGGCAAAGAGGUCGGCAGUGUGGAGAUCCCAGGCUCUCCUGACGUUUUUUACCCCGCCGUGGGGAUGCACUCUUUGGGGGAAGAAGUUCUGCUGGACCUGAAGGCUGAGUGGCGGGUGGAGGAAGACGAUGGACAGAUGAUUGUGGAUAGUCAUGAAGAGGACUGGAGCCGUCUCCAUGACGUCAAGGUGACCGGCACGCUGCUGGAGUACGUGGGUAAGGGGAAGAGCAUCGUGGACGUGGGCUUGGCUCAGGCCCGGCGGCCCCUCAACACGCGCUUCCACUACUACGAGCUGGAGAUCACAGACCCUGGAGAGAAGUGCUACAUCGCCCUGGGGCUGGCACGCAGGGACUACCCCAAAAACAGACAUCCAGGCUGGAGCAGAGGGUCUAUAGCCUAUCAUGCAGAUGAUGGAAAGUUGUUCCAGGGCAGCGGGGUCGGGCACGCGUUCGGCCCGCGCUGCUUUGAAGGGAAUAUUAUGGGCUGUGGGAUCAUGUUUCCACGCGACUACAGCCUGGACGCUGGAGAUGACGUAGAUGAUUGGGACUUUGACAUUAUUCCCAAACCCAGUGAAGUUCAGAAUGAUCUGUAUGCGAACAAUGAAGAAGAGGAGGAGGAGGAGGAGGAGGGAGAAGAUUUGGAGGGGAGGAAGGUCACGGUGUUCUUCACCAGAAAUGGAAAGGUGGUGGGCCGGAGGGACGUGGCCUUACCUGUGGGGGGCUUGUACCCCACUAUAGGCAUGAUGAGCCCUGGGGAGAAGGUCAAAGUGGACCUGCACCCCCUCAGUGGCUGAGUAGAGAGGAGAAAAAACUGCGGAGAAAUCAGAGCAUGGACGAAUAAUUGAGCUCUGGUACAUUUUUGGAGAUGAGAUACUAAAUACCUCCACAUCAAAAUGCUCCAAGAUGUGACUUGAAGAGUCCAGUGUAGAAGUGACUGUGGCUCAUGCUGUAAGAAUGAUCAACAUAAUGUAUGUUAAUUUUACAUGCGUGCCUUAAAGUGCUUUAUAAUUCAUGUUUUUCAGAAAAUCCAGAGGUUUGCAUAGGGAAAACGUUUCUCAUCUGCACUAUGAGUAAAGUUCAUAGAAUGCCAAAGAAAGGGUCACACCAGAAUGAAUGUUAAAAUCCAAUCAGAGCAAAUGCCAGCCAACAAGUGAACCCUCUUAUCAGCAAUAGAUAUGUGACAGCAGGCUGAGACGCACUGCUCAUCACCGGAGGUCUGCUGUACCUCCUAUCAACGGUGUGUUACUGACACUCAGUGGUGAGAGGGAGACAUGCGCACAUAGUCUUCCAAAACGAAAGAAGUAGUGCACUGAAUGAACAGUGCCUUUACUUAAAUCAGCUGCUUUACACGUGUGGUUCAGUACACGUGUGAGUUCAUAUUCUGACAUGGACUCAUUACGCCAUGUUUUGUGCAAAGCUGCAAUAGGAAUAAUGGGAUGAUUACAUUUCCAAACAUGUUGCUGAAGCUAAAUCCAAAACAGUUGAAUUGUCAUGUUGGGAGAAGCAGUUUGAAAAGCUGAAUUCUAAAUUAGGAUUGUUUUAAUAUCAUGACUUGCUUUUGCCCUUUUUUAAUAUAUGAUUUUAACCAAAGUGUACACGAUGUAAUGUAAUCCAAAUCAUAUGCUGGACAUAAUCACUCCAAAGUCUUUAGGAGAAACAUGCGUGUCUAAAAGAUGCAAAAAAGAAACCAAAAUUCUUUUUUUCCCCGUUUAUCUCGCAGUUUACCUUAAACUCCCGACAAACCAAGAGUAAAACUGAUCUCUAUAUCUAAGUUAACAUAGUAAUGAUGGAUACAAUGGAACCUCAUCAUUAGGGUUUAAGGGGAAAUACAAACUAAGUUGUCUCAGACUAUUAAACUAUCUCACAACAAGAAUAAUUAAGGACUAAACAUGGUAUAGAAGUACAUUUCAAAAGAUUUGAAUGUUGAAAAUGAAGCCAUACUGUAACUAUGUGCUGCUCUCAGGUAUAUUUGAAAAUCCAAAUUCACAUACCUUGUCUUUUCUGGUUAUUUUUGUGAUUUUGCUGUAUGUUCAAGUCAACCAUUGAUUGUCACAAGCCUGUAUUUCUUUUAACAACUGUGCCUAUUUUCCUUUUUGACAUUGAAGACUGUUAAAGGAGAAUUUGUGAUCCCCUCCCCAACUCCAAGUAAAUGCUAAAUGUUCCUAUUGUUUUAUUUUUGCGACACAACAUUUUGCACACCUACUUUGAUUUCUGUGAUGCAAUUGGAAGUUAUUCAUGCAAAUAUAAUAGGCUGUUAAAACUAGUUGUAUAUCAUGGUUAUAAUAAACAAAUAUAGUACUUCUUUAGGCCUAAAAGCCUGACUGCUUUUAAAGGCUUGACCUAAUGAGCAAAGUGCCUUGUUUAAUAUUCCAUACGAGUGCUGGAAAUGUCACAUUAUCGGAUGCAUGUUGCAUAAAUAAGGAAAGAUUGCAUCCAUGAAGUAUCUUCCUGGUCAGCAAGACAAUUUAAAGGCUGUUGCUCAUGUAAUGCUCAACUGCUGCUAAAUGUGUGCCGAGGGAACGCUCUGCACAUCAUUAUAUCAGCCCGUACUGUAUAGGGGUGUACUGUGUUUGUUAUUCACUUUUUAUUGUCAUUGUCCACAUUUGUGUUAGUGGUCAUCUUAUCAUGGGAGCUAAUGAUGGGCGUCUGCUGCUGUUGGACGCAUCAACUCACGUUUAAUGUUUAGCCCCACUUUAUAUUUUAUUUAAUUAAUCAUGAAUGAAGUUUAUUAUCAGUCUUUCUCAGUCCAGCCCUUGUGUAAAUCCUGUAAUGUUUUUUUAUUUCUUCUUGACUUUUAUGGUCCUCCUUGUCUCUUUUCCCUUAAAGCAAUCGGGUAAACAUGCCAAAAAUCAUUUAAAAUAAAAUAUUCACACCCUG